CAACAUUGUUAAAUAAUUGGAGUUUCCUCUGCUUCUUAUCUUAGAAUUCAAAGUUCUUUGAACCUCUCAGGCCAGGUUAUAUCUGUUGGCUGGAUCUACUAUUUAACAAGCACUGUCUUAUUAUUCUGCACUCUAACUGUUUGAUAAAAUGUUGCAUAGGUCAAUUUGGUAACAACUAUCAUUUCAGGUUUGGAACAAAGUUUGUUCAAUGUUUCUUUUAUUUCCAGGUUUUAAUUUGUGGCAACUUUGAUCUCAAUUUAGUAGAUGUACAUAUUUAUGCUUCCUAAUCGUGAUAUUGAAUGGUGUAGAAGCAAACUGAGGCAGACAGGGUGCACUUCUUUAUCUCCAAUGGCAUCUUCCAAAGCUUUCCAAAUAAAACUUGUUGUAUUUGUUGGUCUCUUGCUUGUCUCAAAAUUUAAGGGCAUGGAAGAAAAUAUGAUGUCUGAAAAUUCUUAUUCAUAUACUGAUAAAACUUUAACUUUCCCAGCUCCUCAAAUAAAAUAUGAUGUCUUUGUUAGCUUUAGGGGCACAGAUAUUCGCCAAGGUUUGCUGAGUCAUUUGAUUAAGGCAUUUCAUCUAAAACAAGUUUUUGCCUUUGUUGAUGACAAGCUUGAGAGGGGAGAUGACAUAUCAGAUGCACUUCUUGGAGCAAUAGAAAAAUCGCUGAUUUCAUUGAUCAUAUUCUCACAAGACUAUGUUUCUUCGAGAUGGUGUUUAGAAGAACUUGUGAAAAUAGUGGAGUGUAGAGAAAAAGAUGGACAAACCGUAAUACCUGUUUUUUACAAAGUAGAUCCAUCAGAUGUACGAUAUCAAAAGGGCACCUUUGCAAAUGUGUUUGCUGAACACGAGGAAAGGUAUGAUAUGAUCAAGGUGCAAAACUGGAGAACCGCUUUGAAAAAUUCUGCUGAUUUAUCAGGAUUUCACUCAACAAAUUUUAGGAAUGAUGCUCAGCUUGUUGAUCAGAUUGUUGAUUUUAUAUCAUCAAGAUUAAAUGACAUGCAUCAGGUUAAAUCAAAAGGACUUGUUGGAAUUCACAAACCAAUUGCACAGUUAGAGUCGUUGAUGCUCAAAGAAUCCGAAGACGUACGUGUUAUUGGAAUUUGGGGUUUGGGCGGUAUUGGUAAGACAACCAUUGCAGAAGAAGUAUACAACAGAAUGUGUGCCGAAUUUGAAUCUUGUUGUUUCUUGGCAAAUGUAAGAAAAGAGUCAGAAAGAGAUGGAAUAAUGUCUUUGAAGAAGAAACUCUUUUCUACACUAUUGAAUGAACAAAAUUUGAGAAUUGACUUACCAAAGGGAUUGCCUGAUUAUGUUGAGAAAAGGCUUGGGCGCAUGAAGGUUCUCAUUGUUCUAGAUGAUGUGAAUGAUUCUGACCAGUUAGAAACUUUAAUUGGAGCUCGUGAUUGGUUUGGAUUAGGCAGUAGAAUCAUUAUAACAACUAGAGAUAAGCAAGUGCUAGUUGGAGAAGCUGAAGAGAUAUACCAAGUUGAGGCAUUGGAUUGUGAUGAAUCUCUUGAACUCUUCAUUCUAAAUGCCUUCAAACAAAACCAGUUUGAAAUGGAGUAUUGUGAGCUGUCAAGGAGGGUGGUCAAGUAUGCCAAAGGCAUUCCGUUAGUUGUUAAAGUUUUGGCUCAACUUCUUCGUGGCAAACGAAAGGAUAUAUGGGAAAGUCAAUUGGAGAAACUUAAAAGAAUGCCUAAUAAGAAAGUUCAUGAUAUAAUGCGGCUGAGCUAUGACGAUCUUGAUCGUCAAGAGCAACAGAUUUUCUUAGACAUUGCCUGUUUUUUCAAUGGAUUGAAGCUCAAGUUGGAAUACAUAAACGUUUUACUGAAAGACCAAGAUUAUGCAGUGGCUGCUGGGAUGGAAAGGCUGAAAGAUAAGGCUCUUAUAAUUAUUUCUGAGCACAAUAUUGUAUCUAUGCAUGAUAUUAUUCAAGAAAUGGCUUGGGAGAUCAUUAAAGAUGGCUCUGCUGAAUACCCUGGAAACCAACUUCGGUUAUGGGAUUCUCACGACAUAUAUCAAGUAUUGAAAAACAAUAGGGGGAGUGAGGCCAUUAGAAGCAUAUCCUUCAACUUUUCAGCAAUUAAGGACCUUCAGUUAAGCCAAGAAGUCUUUGCUAAGAUGAGCAAACUACGAUUUCUAAAUUUCUAUAGCAACAUAUCUCAAGAGGCCAUGUAUAGUUCUGAUGGACUUCCAUCUUCGUGGAACAAAGGCCUGUGUCUUCCUCAAGGACUUGAUUCUUUGUCAAAUGAAGUAAGAUACCUUAGCUGGAUGCAUUACCCUCUGGAUUCCUUGCCAACCAACUUUUCUGCAGAAAAUCUAGUAAUAUUGGACUUGUCCUUCAACCGAAUGGAAAAACUUUGGUGUGGGGUGAAGAAUCUGGCAAAUUUAAGGAUCCUUAGAUUAUAUAAUUCCUUACACCUGACCAUGCUGCCAGACUUGUCGAAAGCCAGAAACCUUGAAAUACUAGUUAUUCGCAAGAGUUUCAGUUUCCUUUAUGUACAUCCAUCUGUUUUUUGUCUCAACAAGCUUGAGAUAUUGGAUCUAGGAGGGUGCGUUUCCCUUAGGCAGCUCCGAAGCUAUAUCCAUUUGAGCUCUCUCCGUUCUCUCUCUCUCGCCGGCUGCGUAAGGCUACAGGACUUCUCCGUUACCUCAGAGAAUCUGGAAGAGUUGAACUUAGAGCUCACAGGUAUCCAACAACUACCGACAUCCUUUGGGCGCCAAAGCAAACUCGAAACAUUACAUCUAGGAUUGUCUGAUAUUCAGAGCAUUCCUGAAACCAUCAAGAAUCUCACAAGGUUCAAGUAUCUUAGCAUCAGAUAUUGUUGGAACCUCAGGGAGUUACCAGAGCUUCCCCCAUCUCUUGAGUAUCUAGACGCCACCGGAUGCGCAUCACUCAAGACAGUGUUGUUUCCAUCAUCGGCUGCCUUGCAGCUUAAGGAAAACAGGAAAAGCAUUUUGUUCUGGAAUUGCUUGAAAUUGGAUCAACACUCCCUUGGGACUAUUGAAUUGAAUGCUCGAAUCAACCUCAUGAAAUUUGCAUACCAGCAUUUAUCAGCAUUAACACAUGACUACUAUAAAGAUAAUGACAAUGAAGCCAUCUAUGUGUAUCCAGGAAGCAAUGUUCCAAAGUGGUUGGAGUAUAGAACAUCACAUGAUUAUGUAAAUGUUGAUGUCUCUUCUUCGGCUGCGCCACAUUCCCCUUCGUUGGGCUUCAUAUUUUGCUUCAUUGUUCCACGAAUCCUCUCGGAUGGUUUUGCUUUCAGGUUUACCAUAAGUGUUGGUGGAGAUGAAGGAAACAAUGUCAAAUUUUACUUGGGGAAACCACUUGAAAAAAUUGUUUCAGAUCAUGUGUUUCUCGUGUAUGAUCACCGGCUUACUCACUUCCUUAAUAGCAGAAGCAAUGUUGAAGUUCAACAGAGGCUUAAAAUUAAGGUUGCGGCGGUGACACAGACAGGGAAAUCAGAUUAUGUGCCUGUGAAGCUAAAAGGGUUUGGAAUCAGGCCAAUAAAAGCAUCAGAAUAUCAAAAUUUCAUUCAGAAAAUGGAAUUGGUUGAUAAGAGGACGAAAAGAGCUGGUUCACUUACUUUGGUUGGAAAUACUUCACUUGAAAGAUUUUGCUUCCAAGACCAGAAAACUUACUUUGACUUCAUUCAAGAAAUCAACUACGUUGAUGGUUGUUGGAAAUUCAAACACCAUCAAUUCACUAAUUAUUCAUAUAGGUAUUUUAUUUGAUUUUAGGUGCAUUAAUAAAUAGUUUUAUGUUUGAAAAUAGUUUUUCAGGAUGUAUUAUGUGAUUGUAUUUUGUUUUAUUCUCCGUAGAUAAAUUAGACAUUUAAAUCUCUUGUAUUAGAGAACUACACUAUAAUUAGAUAUAGAGAAAAAAAAAACU